CCUGCGCCUCGCUCAGUUCCCGGUGGCGCGGCGGCCAUGGCGUCGGGUUGCCGGAUCGGCCCGUCCAUCCUCAACAGCGACCUGGCGGCGCUGGGCGCCGAGUGCGGCCGCAUGCUGGACUCCGGGGCGGACUACCUGCACCUGGACGUGAUGGACGGGCACUUUGUUCCGAACAUCACAUUUGGACACCCUGUAGUAGAGAGCCUUCGAAAGCAGCUGGGUCAGGAUCCUUUCUUCGAUAUGCACAUGAUGGUUGCCAAGCCGGAGCAGUGGGUGAAACCAAUGGCUGUAGCAGGUGCAAACCAGUACACUUUUCACCUAGAGGCUACAGACAAUCCAGGGGCACUGAUUAAAGACAUUCGGGAAAAUGGGAUGAAGGUUGGCUUGGCCAUCAAACCUGGAACUGUAGUUGAAUAUUUAGCACCAUGGGCCAAUCAGAUAGACAUGGCUUUGGUGAUGACAGUAGAACCUGGAUUUGGAGGGCAGAAGUUCAUGGAAGACAUGAUGCCAAAGAUUCAGUGGCUGAGGACACAAUUUCCUUCCUUGGAUAUUGAAGUGGAUGGUGGUGUGGGGCCAGACACCAUCCAUAAAUGUGCAGAGGCAGGAGCAAACAUGAUUGUGUCUGGCAGUGCUAUUAUGAAAAGUGAAGAUCCUAGAUCUGUCAUCAACCUCCUGAGGAAUGUGUGUUCAGAAGCUGCUCAGAAACGUUCCCUGGACCGAUGAGACUGCCAACUCAUGCCAAGGCAGCUUGAGUGUGAACGGGUUCUAUUCCAGUAUGGAAACAUUGCUGCUGAACCAGGACUGCAGCACUGAAGAAUUGUUCCUUCACUGCAAGCAGCUGUUUUGCCAGGGCUGGAAAUACAAUCAGCCAGUGCUAUCCCUUAAAUUGGCUGGAGACUUAUUUUAUAGCAGAUAACAGGUAUUGGAUGGAAACAGAAUUGUGAGUUUUUGUUUGAAAGGUGUGGAAGACUAAGAGUCUGCUCUGUGCAUUCCUACAAAACUGUUUCAAUGUUUGAAAUAAAACACUGAUGAUAAGUCAUCUUACGACUAGCAAAACUCAUCUGUUAGCUGUUCAGUGGUAUGUGCACUCCAGGAUGAACCAAUCUACCCCAAGAAAGAGCAUCUUUCCAGAACUAAGUUCACUAACUUAGACAGGAUCCUGGAUGAUUCAGACUUCAUUACUAAGUCAGUGUUCCUCACCUGUAGUUCUCCUGGGUCCUGCAUGCAGGGAGUUCAUGUGACUGAUGCCCAGAUCCCAGGAUUGCUCCUCACACUACCAGAUAGAUCAGACAAGAGCAGGAGGCACUGAACAAUCUAUAAAGUUGUAUGAUGGGAGCUAUGAGGAUCUGAGCUGCUCCUAUCUUCACUUUGAAGGAGCAGGGGAAUGGAGAAGAAAAGAGCCUCACCUCAGACUGCUCUCCAACUCACAUUCCCAGCAGCCAGAAGACGAGGGAGAGAGAUGAGAAAUACCCCAUUCCACUCAGAAACUAGGAAGAAGGGAUAAUAGAGGGGGAAACAACAAUCUCACAGCCAGUUAGUUAUGCAACAUUAACAAAUGCAACAGCAAGGCUUUGUACCCUUACUACUCUGUGGCUCCCACAAAGCCAUUAAAAGACCAUACAGGUUUUCAGGUCUUAAAGGCACAUACCACUAAUUUGAUGUUACAGACCUGUGAAGGGAAUCUAAGUACUUCUAUUGCUAAUCAAAUUCAGACUAUACACAUUGUAUGGAAAUAACUUUUAAUUUAAAAAACCUUGCAUUGAAGAUUAUUGUAUCAGACAUUGAGGCAAAAUUUGAGUUUAAUUUGCUGGACAAACCAGUGUUAAAAAAAGGAUUUAAAAUAAAUCAGAAUGUGCAAUAAACUACAAUGUAGCAUAGGCAGUAGUGUUGAAACUUGACUGAACUUUUUUCUGAGGUCCAGCGUAUAUUUCCAGUCAAUCUGACAGGAAAAAAAUUAAGUUUGACACUACAAACGGGUCAUCUGUCAGUAUUGGAUAUUACAAGCUGAGGAAAAAUUUUGUACAAGAACAGAGACUCCUAUAUAAUUGCCUUCAACUGUUGUACACAGAAAAACUUCCUGCUGACAGUGGUUUAUACAUAUGUGCUACUGGUGUCGAAUUACUGUUCUGCUACAAGAAUUCUGCUAUAUCGUCAA